GCUGCUACGUUUUCUCGGCAGAUAGAGACACUGCUGUGUGUGUCUGAGUGGGAGAUGGACUGAGUGAGGGCGCUCUUUCGACCAGUGCUGCUGAUAGCAUUGAAAUACUCACAAGCUAGGUUGAAAUAAUUGACGAUUCCAGGUCGCUGUAUCAACAAGAAAAAUAUAGUACCGUUAUCAGUCUUUCACAUCCCACUCCAAACACACUAACACGGCAUUGAUGGUAAUGUAUGCAAGGAAACAACCGAGACUCGGCGAUGGGUGCGACCGAAGAGAUUCUCAGCCCUAUCAGACUCUCAAAUACUCAUCUAAGAGCCAUCCAGGAGGGGACCACCGACAUGAAAAGAUGCGAGACUCCUCAGAUGUUACUCCUCCUUGCAAAAUGCUCAGGAGGUCUGACAGCCCUGAAAACAAACACAUCGACAGCACUGGGCACAGCAGAGCAAAGGCUGUCCACGCACAUCGGGCCAGAGACAGGGAUGGAGGGACCAGUUAUUCUCCGCAAGAAAAUUCUCACAACCACAGUUCCCUUCAUAGCUCCAACUCACAUUCUAACCCCAGCAAGACCUCAGACACACCUUACGAACCUGGUGACGACUGGUCAGAGCACAUCAGCUCGUCUGGAAAGAAAUACUAUUACAACUGCAGGACAGAGGUGUCCCAGUGGGAGAAGCCCAAAGAAUGGCUUGAGAGAGAACAGAGACAAAAAGAGGCAACAAAGACUGCGGUUGUCAACAGUUUCCCCAAAGACAGGGACUACAGAAGGGAGGCUAUGCAAGCAUCGGCAGCACCUGGCUUUAGUGCAAAGUCAGCCCAGGUGGAGAAGCCUGCAGCGACCCUUGGCUCCCAGUCCCAGUCAUCAUCCUCAGGCUCAGGGAGCUUGAACCCCUCAUCAGGUCCCCCUGGAUCAUCUGCCUCCACAGUCCCCGUGUCCCCAGUCCUGCAGUCCCCCGCUCCUCCACUACUUCAAGACCCCACCUUGCUUCGCCAACUCCUCCCAGCACUUCAGACUGCCCUGCAGCUAAACAAUGCCAGUGUGGACAUGGCAAAAAUCAACGAAGUUCUCACAGCUGCUGUCACACAAGCUUCAUUACAGUCGAUGCUCCAUAAGAUCCUCACUGCUGGACCUUCAGCUUUCAAUAUCACUACUAUCCUCUCUCAAGCUGCUCAGCUGUCCAACCAGGCAGCUCAGCAAUCCAACCAGUCACCUAUGUCAUUAACAUCGGACGCUUCAUCGCCCAGAUCUUAUGUUUCUCCGAGGAUCAGCACACCACAGACCAACGCUGGCCCCCUUAAACCCCUCCUCAGCACGCAGCCGGUCAUCUCGCAGCCAAAAGUGAGCACACCUUCAGUGAAGCAGGCGUCUCAUCCCCAGUCCACACCGCAGCAGCCCCCCUCCAGUGAUAAGCCGCACAGCCAUGAUGCCACCACGGCCUCCCCGCGUACCCUGCAGCGCCAAGGCAGUCAGAGGAGUCCCUCCCCGGGCCCCAACCACGUCGCCUCCAGCAGCAACAACGCCCCCAACUCUGCCUCCGCUCCCCCCAUCGCCUCCGCUGCACGGUCCUCCUGUUCCUUCACCCCCACCCUCGCUGCUCACUUCAAUGAGAAUCUUAUCAAACAUGUCCAGGGUUGGCCUGCUGAACACGCAGAGAAACAGGCAUCAAGACUACGUGAAGAGGCUCACACCAUGGGGAGCAUCUGUAUGUCUGAGAACUGCACCGAGCUCAAAAACCUGCGGUCCUUGGUCAGAGUCUGUGAAAUACAAGCAACAUUGCGUGAGCAGAGGAUACUCUUUCUGAGACAGCAAAUCAAAGAACUUGAAAAGCUGAAGAAUCAGAAUUCUUUCAUGGUCUGAGAACUUCUGGUUGCGAGCUGUAGCAGGCGUUUGGGGGAGAAAGCAGGAAAGACCCAUUGCACACAUUUGGAUGCCGGAGGGAGGGCAGUUGAUCGGUUCCUCUUGAGCCCAGUGUCGACACACACAGGAGCUCCAGUCUGGUUGGCUUUGGACCGUUGGGCUGGGAGAACCAAGAUGGAAACAUGAAGAGCUGUUGUGGGAGGAGGAGGAGGGUGGUUUACAAGACUCGGUUUUUGUAAAAACCCACAGCUGGGGGGAAAAAAAAUGUAGAUUUCUUGUAGAUGUUAUUAUCUAUGUUGUAAAUAUGUUUUGUAGAUUGAAGCCAUGGAAAGCCAUGCCUAUCAGAGCUUUUGACAUCCAGACUAAUCAACGCCUAGGCGGCUACAUUCAUUAGCUAGCCUUUUCCUUCAUGUUAACUCGUCUGCAGACUUCAAGCUUCAUUUCGUCAGUUCAUAGAUCACUGAACCAUUGAGUGUGUGUGACCUGCAUGUAAACAGAGGAGGAUGUUUGAAGCCAUUUAUUUACACAGAAGCCCUAGCAUAAAGCAUCACGCACUGGUGUCGCCCCCACACCCCCAAAUAUUAGCAAUCUGAGUACUCUGUCUAGAUUCUCUCGUCCUGCGCCCUCUGUGGGUGAACUGUAACCUCUACUCAGGCGUGGUAAACAUCCCCUCUGCAGGUCUGUCAUGACUGCUCACAGUGGUUCAGUGAUCUAUUUGCAGCUUCUGGUGGCCCUGCAUGUCCCAGUCUGAAAAAAAAAAAAAAAUAAACAGUGCCUGGUGGUGUGGUGGAGUGAGUGAUCUUAGAAAACAAAACAAAAUGAAGAGAUGUGUUGGCGUGCUGCUUUUGGACCAUUCCCACUCCUGCUUACCCUCAACCCUGCCCUGUCACACACUCUCCUGAGACAUCAACACUUCAACAUCCUCCUUCUAGCUUUUGUUGUCAUUGUGUUCCAACAGUUUUUUUUUUUUUUUUUUGUUCCUCUUUUUAUCCCUCCUGGUUCAUUCCUUUGUACAGUCGUUAACACACAGUGGAGUUUUAAGAAGAGGACGCAGAAUCUAAAGGUUUUAUUUAUAAGAGUUGUAGUGACGAGCAGUAAAUCACAACGAUAUCCACGCAUUUUAACUCACACCCAGUUUAGGAGCAGUGUAUUACAGCUACAGCAGGUUAGAGGCGGAUGUAUGUGGAUCACCUCUUGUGUCGGAGGAGGGCAACAAGAGGUCACAAGGUCAAAUGUGAAAUGUAUGUAUUGUAAUAAACAUGUUCAACUAAA